GUAGUGGAAUCAGUAUUUCAUUUUCAGAUAUUAUCCACGAAAUGCCAGAUUUAGACGCCGAGGCCGGUGAAGGAGAGACGGCGGCCGGUGGCCGACGAAACCGAUCAAACGGCCGCGGAAAUGAUCUUUCUCGACUUUCACAAUCCGGAGACAGUCUUUAUUUACUUCUUGACAUUCCAAAAACUUCAACAGAACAGGAAAUAAAGAAAAAGUAUCGAAGAUUAGCGUUGAAAUACCACCCGGACAAAAACCCAGACAAUGCAGAAGCGGAGGAGAUGUUUAAAAAAAUAAAUCAGGCUCACGCUGUUCUAAUGGAUGAGAAGAAGAGAAAUAUUUAUGAUAAAUAUGGUUCAUUUGGUCUGUAUAUUGCUGACCAGGUUGGGGAGGAUAAUAUUGGAAUUAUCAGCAGUUUAAUGGUCUUCAACUCAAUCUGGUUCAAGUUGUUUUGUGGGUUCUGUUGUUUGGUAACAGGCUGCUAUUGCUGUUGUUGCUUCCUCUGUUGUUGCAACUGCUGCUGUGGAAAAUGCAAACCUGAGAUGGAUGAAGAGGAUCUACCAGAUGUAGCAGAUCUAGGAGAAGAGGAUGUAGUAGUAAGUCAACCUACAGCUACUGACCAGGCUCCGGAGUCUGGUGGAGAUGAGAAGGUUGGAGCAUUAGCAGCUGGAGGGUCUGGAGAGAGGAGUCCGUUAAAAGAAUCUACUCCCCCACCGUCCUAUUCGACGCUGGUCAUGGAGGAUGAAAAAUGAUUAUGUUCGAAAUCGAAUAUUUCUGAAAAUCGAGAACACGGUUCACAGUGAUUAGAAGUGAUUUUCAGGGGCCUUUUUAUAUAACAAUGAAACCAAACAGGAACCAUGGACAUUGGCGAAAUUUAAGACUACGGUACACGCACAAGAGUACAUUAUGUAUUAUCUUACGAACAAUUCAACAAUAAACAAAUUUUACUGUUUUACAAUAUACUUAAG